AUGAGGCUCUCAGGCGUUCUUCUAGGCCUUGCUGCCGCCGUUUCUGGUCACAGCAUCUUCCAGAAGGUCUCUGUCAACGGAGCUGAUCAAGGAUCGCUGAAGGGGGUUCGCGCGCCUUCAAGCAACAACCCCAUUCAAAACGUCAAUGACGCAGGAUUUGCCUGCAACAACAACAUCCAGUACAAGGAUAACAACAUUGUCUCCAUUGCUGCUGGUGCAAAGGUCGGUGCUUGGUGGGGACACAUCAUCGGAGGUGCCCAAGGAACAAAUGACGCCGACAACCCCAUCGCGGCGAGCCAUAAAGGCCCCAUUGUUGUCUAUCUGGCCAAAGUUGGUAAUGCUGCCAGCACUAGCACGACGGGCCUCAAGUGGUUCAAGAUUGCCGAAGCUGGCCUGAGCGGAAGCACAUGGGCCGUGGACACCAUGAUAGCAAACGGCGGAUGGCACUACUUCACCCUACCCGCGUGUGUCGCUCCCGGCGACUAUCUCCUUCGCGUUGAGAUCAUCGCACUCCAUUCCGCCUCGACACAGGGUGAGGCGCAAUUUUACAUGGAAUGCGCCCAGAUUCGCGUCACUGGUUCAGGAACCAAUACUGGCUCCAACUUUGUCAGUUUCCCCGGCGCCUAUUCGGCGACUGACCCAGGGAUUCUCAUCAACAUUUACGACAAUGCUGGGAAGCCCACAAACGGUGGCCGCGCGUAUUCGAUUCCGGGACCUUCGGUACUCACUUGCUCUGGAAGUGGCAAUCCCCCCCCUCCUGCUUCCAGCUCUCCUCCUACUUCGAGCUCCCCUCCCCCCAGUAGUGGCGGCAAGAGUGUUGCUUUAUACGGGCAAUGUGGCGGUCAGGGUUGGACUGGUAGCACGACCUGCGCCCAGGGUACCUGUAAGGUCUCAAACCAGUACUAUAGUCAGUGCUUGCCUUAG